CGAGCCCGCAGCUCCCGCACCCCCCGCACUCAUGUCCCGGCCCGGCAGCCCCGAGCAGCCCCGAGCGGAGCCGGUCCCGCAGCCAGAGGUGGCUGAGCCCUCGCAGCCUCCCCCGAGGCAGAUCCCGGCCGAGCCCCGGCCCCUCGCCCGGCCCGCGGUGCCCAAGAAGGAGAAACGCCUGGAGGAUGAGAAAUCCCCAGUGGUGCUGAGCAAACCCCCCCGGGCCGAGCUCUGCGGCGCUCCCCAAGCUGUGACAUGCCAACCCCAGGUGCGGCCACCCCCGCAGCCCCCCGGGCCCUGCACCCUCCUGCUGCCCAACGGGGCCGGGCGGGGGCCGGAGCCGGGCGGUGCCCACGGGGAGGCGGCGAACGGGACCUGCCGGGCGGCGCCCAGCGCGCACAAAGCGCCCCGAAAGCUGCAGCAGCACCACUCCAUCCACAGCCAGGGCAGCAAGAAGAGCAAGGGCAGCUCCAAGUCGCCCUCCUCCCACAUCCCCAUUGAGGCGCAGGAAGACUGCUGCGUCCACUGCAUCCUCUCCUGCCUCUUCUGCGAGUUCCUGACCCUGUGCAACAUCGUGCUGGACUGUGCCACCUGCGGCUCCUGCACCUCGGAGGACUCCUGCAUCUGCUGCUGCUGCUGCAACUCGGGCGAGUGCGCGGACUGCGACCUGCCCUGCGACAUGGACUGCGGCAUCAUCGACGCCUGCUGCGAGUCUGCCGACUGCCUGGAGAUCUGCAUGGAGUGCUGCGGGCUCUGCUUCUCCUCCUAGGGGCGCUGGGGCCGCCCAGGCUCCGGCGGGAUCCUCGGAGAGCGAGCAGGGGAGGAGAGCGGAGCGGAUCCCCCGCGGGAGUUCUCAGCCUUGGAGCCGGAUCCUGCCCGGGGAGGUGAAGCCUGAGGGGCUCAGUCCUGUCCUGCGCUACCUCUGCCUGCACCGGGGACUGAGGGAGCCUCCUGCCACCUGAGCCGAGAGCAGGAGCGUCCUGCAGAGCCACCAGAGCCUGGCGUUGGGGACAGCCCAUCCUGCAGAGACACCCAGAGCCUGG